CCGAAAGCACUUUGCAACACCACUUUCACUUCCCCAUCAUUCACACUCUCCUAUAUCCUCCUCCUCCUCCUCCUCCUCCUCUUCCUUCUUCAGUCAAACGCUCAUCGAACUACAACCACCCCCACCACCACCACCACCACCACCACUCGACGCCGCCGUCAUGCAGCAGGAGAGCUCGCCGGAGAGCCCGUCCCUCUACCAGCUCCUCGCCGGGGCGGGCCUCAUCAACGUCGCCUCCUACGGCGGCUUCCCGGUGGGGUGCGAGCAGCACCAGCUCCUCCCCACGGGGCUCAUCCAGCAGAGCUUCUGCAGCAGCUCCUCGAAUUUCAGCUACGGCCCUUUCGAGGCCUCCGCGAACUUCCUGUCGGACGCGGCGGCCCCGGAGGACCGGACGAUCGCCGCGCUGAAGAAUCACAAGGAGGCCGAGAAGAGGCGGAGGGCUCGGAUCAACUCUCAUCUCGAUAAGCUCAGGAGCCUCCUUCCUUGCAACUCCAAGACAGAUAAAGCCACGCUGCUUGCAAUGGUAGUCCAACGCGUGAGGGAACUGAAACAGCAGGCGUCCGACAUAACCGCUCUCGACAUGUUCCCUUCGGAGUCCGACGAGAUAUCAGUGCUCUCGAGCGACUGUUCGAGCGACGGCAAGCUCAUAUUCAAGGCCUCUUUGUGCUGCGAGGAUCGGUCCGAUCUCCUGCCCGACCUGAUUGAGAUCCUGAAAUCCCUCCACCUGAAGGUCCAGAAAGCGGAGAUGGCAACCCUCGGAGGGAGAGUCCGCAAUGUCCUCGUCGUGGCUGCUGACAAGGAUCACAGCAUCGAGUCAAUCCAUUUCCUGCAAAACGCGCUGAAGUCGCUACUCGAGCGGUCGAGUUCUGCCGAGAGGUCGAAGAGGAGGCGCGUGUUGGACCGUAAAAUCAUCAUGUCAUGAUAAUUAAUGGAACAUAAACCGCAUUGAAUUUCACAUCAAGUGCAUGUUCUAUAAUUCUAGUCUUUGGUUGUAAUUCUACUCAAAAUAUAUAUUGAGUGAGAGAGCUUGCUACGUUUUCUUUUUUCUUCUGGGUGUAUCGAAAUGUUGAUAGCCACAAAAGGUUUGGAGCCAAAAAAACAUUAGCUCAAGAGGAACGGAGGGAUUGAUUUGAGUAUGUGGAUUAUUACAUUUUUCUUGAUCAA